CUCUGUAUGAAUGCCGUUGUGGUGUUUCGGCCAUGAGUACCGUCAGAUAAAGUGUUUUCCAAAAGGGACGUCUGCUUCUAUUCUAUCCUCGACUGCUGUGUCCCCUCUGUCAUUGCUUUGGUUCUGAUGCGAUUACUUUUUGUUCGAUAGUUGUUUUUUCUUGACUUUUUAUUUGUUAUCCAUGAUAUAGUGCAAAUUUUACAAUGAUGCAUUUGUUGCGAGGCCAUUUCGGCCCAUGGUGUGAAAGAUGUGUUCGUAAGGCUGUCAAUAGUAUUACAAAUAAAAAAUGCUUUUCAACUGUUGCACAUGCCACUAUGAAACCUGCAUAUGUAAAGCCUCUUCAUUCCAUCAGAUUACUGGGAUCACUCAGAAUCGUUUGCCAUCCUAUUUUGUCUCGUAGCCUUCAUGGAAAUUUGUACUCUCAGCAGAUGGUUUUCAAACCUCUUCUUCGAGUGUCUAAACCAGUUGCUGUUUCAAGUUCUCGACAGAUAGGCAUCAUUAUUAGAAUUGCAGGCCGUCUUUUGAAAGUGCGGUAUAUACUUGUUGGUGGAACAAUUGGUGGAGGCUAUACUAUCUCAAAAAAAUAUGAAGAAUUCAAAGAUCAGCUUCCAGAUACUAGUUGGCUACAUGAUUAUUUGCCAAAACAGGAACAUAUUGACAAGAUGAAAGAAUUAACUGCUUCAUUUCGAGAGCAAACCUCUCAGAUUAAACUGCCUGAGUUGGAAUUUUUGAAUGAGGACAACCUUAAAAAUUUACCAUCUGCUGAAAUCAUGUUUGAGGAAAUGGACCAAACGUCUUUUGAUCGUUCAACUCCAGACAUGCCUGAUACAUUUGCCAUUGAUAUUGGUAGUAUCAAAGACUACUUUGGAACUGGUGAAAAAAAAAUCAAAGACUUCCUAGGAAAUGGAAAUAAAUCAUUUAAAGAUUUUCUGGGAAUUGAAGAGAAGCAAGUCCUAGGUACUGAAGACCUGACAGCUACCGAUACUCUUGAGAAUAUCAGUCCAAAAGAAUCUGUAGAUAUUCUUGCUGAAAAUAUUAAUGAAAUUUCUGAGCGCAAAGAAAUGUUAGAUAUAUGUGCUGAAGCUGAAGCUAGGGAGGUUCUUGGAGACAAUGAAAUGAUCUCAGAGCUUGAUCCUAUUUCUAUCAGUGAUAGCACUGUAAAUGAUUUGGAAGUUGAUGCUACAACUAGUAUUGAUCUGAUCUCUACUGAUAUGCAAGAGGAGGAGGAGAAAAUUAAUAGGGAAAUGGCCAGUAUGGAAGCUAAAGGGCCUCCCAACUAUCCAGUACCAAAUGAUAUAUUGGGUUUUGCCCAUUCAGCCGGACCAGUUUUGUCAAUGCUUGGGAUAUCAGGCCUACCCACAGAUAGAAACUUGAACAAUUCUCUUCAACAAACCAAAGUUGAACGUGAAGGUCGUUCCUCCUCAUCAGAACAAAAUCCAUCAAAUUAUGAAGACAAAGGAAAAGUAGAGCAACUUCAGUCUGAGCUCAUUCAUGUCCAGAUACGCUACCAAAGGGAAGUUGAUCGUUUAGAGAAGGAUGUUAGAGAACUUCGCAAACAGUUGAUUUUGAAAGAUCAAAGGAAUGGUAAAAAAAGAACAAUGAAGAAAUCUCUCAUUGACAUGUAUUCUGAUGUUCUUGAUGAACUUGCUGAUUAUGAUUCCAGUUACAAAACUCAAGAUAAUUUGCCAAGGGUUGUCGUCGUCGGAGACCAGAGCUCUGGAAAAACAAGUGUUCUGGAAAUGAUUGCCCAAGCUAGAAUAUUUCCCAGAGGCUCAGGAGAAAUGAUGACUCGUGCACCAGUAAAGGUUACUCUCAGUGAAGGCCCAUAUCAUGUAGCUCAGUUCAAAGACAGUACUAGAGAAUUUGAUCUCACCAAAGAAUCAGAUUUGGUUGCUCUCCGCAGUGAAAUUGAAGUUAGAAUGAAAGGUAGUGUAGAACUUGGACAGACUGUCAGCGCCGAGUGUAUCUCAAUGACAGUAAAGGGUCCUGGACUUCAAAGAAUGGUAUUGGUUGAUCUGCCAGGUGUUAUAUCGACAGAAACUUUUGACGUAGCAUCAGGUACAAGAGAAUCUAUUAAAAAACUUAUCUCAAGUUACAUGGAAAACCCUAAUUCUAUUAUUCUAUGUAUUCAAGAUGGUUCCCUUGAUGCUGAACGAAGUAAUGUAACAGAUCUUGUCAGCCAGAUGGACCCAAAUGGCAAGCGCACUAUUUUUGUGUUAACCAAAGUAGAUAUUGCUGAGAGCAGCCUAUAUAAUCCUCAGCGGAUUAAACAAAUUUUAGAAGGCAAACUGUUUCCAAUGAAAGCACUUGGAUACUUUGCUGUUGUUACUGGUAAAGGUAACAACAGUGACUCUAUCCAAUCAAUCAAAGAUUAUGAGGAAAGUUUUUUCCGGCGUUCCAGACUUUUCAAAGAUGGUGUCAUGAAACCAUCUCAAAUGACAACCCACAAUUUAAGUAUGGCAGUGUCAGACAUCUUCUGGAAAAUGGUAAAGGAGACUGUUGAACAACAAGCUGAUGCUUUCAAAGCUACCAGGUUUAAUUUAGAAACAGAAUGGAAAAAUACUUAUCCUCGCUUAAGAGAAUUGGAUCGGGAUGAAUUGUUUGAAAAAGCUCGAGGUGAAAUUCUUGAUGAGAUCAUUGACUUGAGUCAGCUGACUCCUAAACAAUGGGAAGAAGCCUAUUAUAAUCAGCUACGGAAGACAACUGUUACAUACUUUUUUGAAAAUAUCUACUUACCAGCAGCACAGUGUGAUAAUCCUGGUACUUUUAAUACCACCGUUGAUAUAAAAUUGAAGCAGUGGGCUGAUUCUUUAUUACCAAAGAAAUGUGUUCUGGUUGGUUGGAAUACUCUACAUGAAGAAUUUGGUAAAUUAAUGGACAGAGAGGACCGACUAAAAGAACAUGAUAAUAUUUUUGAUCAACUAAAGCUUGCAGUGAAAGAUGCUUCUCGGAAGAGACAUGAAUGGGAUGUUAAAGCAGAAGAAAGUUUGAGAAUGUUUCAGAUUAACAUCCUUGAGGAUACUUCAUGUACAGAUAGAGUGCAGUGGGAUGCAGCCAUUAAGUUUAUGGAAGAGUGUGUGAAAGAAAACUUGAAGACAAAUGAAGAAAUAUUGAAUGAGAUGCUGGGACCAAGUACAACUGAACAAUGGAUGCAGUGGAAAUAUCAAACACCAGAACACAAAACGAGACAAGCAACAAAACAAGAAUUAGAGAAACUGUUGGCAGAUAGACACAGCAAUUCUUUAGCUAGUGAUGAAUUUACUACUGUUCGUCGGAACCUGCAGACACAAGGCCUGGAAGUUGACAAUGACUUUAUUAGAGAAACAUGGUAUCAAGUAUUUCGAAUACAUUUCUUUAAGAAAUCCUUAGCCACAGCUCAGCAUUGCAAAAGAGGAUUUUAUUAUUACCAGAAAGGAUUUCAAGAUUCGGAGCUUCAGUGCCACGAUGUCGUACUUUUUUGGCGAUUCCAACGUAUGCUGCAGACAACCUCCAAUGCACUUAGACAGCAAGUGAUGAAUAAUGAAGCUCGACGCCUUGAACGAAUUGUAAAGAACAUAUUAGAAGAUAUGUCAGAAGAUAAAGCCCAGUUGAAAACUUUGAUUACUGGUAAAAGGGUUGAUUUGGCAGAAGAGCUCAAGCGAGUGCGUCAAAUUCAAGAGAAACUGGAGGAGUUUAUACAAGCCUUGAAUAAGGAGAAAUGAUGUUAACUCACUUUAGUUAUAGCAAGUUGCUGUGUCUAUUUGCUUUUUUGGUCUCAUUGUGAGUGUUGCACUGUUAAGGAUUGUUUCUAUACAUAGAUGCAACUGCUCAGUGUAUAUGGUGCCUGUCAAGUGGACACUUUACCACUUGUGUUUUCUAGGCCUUUGGCUAUGUACCCUAAUGUGAACAUAUCUUGAAAUGUUCAUUGAACAUACUUUUUGUCUUAAUGACAAAAUUAUUGUAAUGUAAUUUAAGCAAAUUUCUAAGCAAAUGAUGGAAAUGUAUAAAUAAACCGUUGAACUUUUGAAUUAGAUGAAAGAUCAUUAUUUUGUGCAAGCUAACUUUGAAGAUUGAUGUUUGAAAGAAAUUUCCUUUUUAGAUUUUAUCUUCAUAAACAUCUUGACUGUGAUAUAACAGCCAGCACUGCUUCAAUUUGGUUUUCCAUAUGGUUUCCUCAUGCAAUACUUCCUGCAUUAUCCAAACAUUUCUUGACAAUUUCUGAAGACAUUGUAUAUAUUUCCUUGUUUUAGUUAGAAAAUGUCUUAGUUAAGACUUGGUAAAAGCAAUGCUUCAUAUUAUAUCUUUAAAUUUUCAACCUUUAUUAUAAGUCAUUAGUUAAGAAUGUUUAAAUAUUGUUCUUUAACUUUGUUUCAGUUACUAGCUCAUCCUAUCUUAAUAGGUGGCUUUCAAAAGCAACUAGUUUCAGUAUUUGAAUAUCUUCGCUCUAAUCAUAAGAUGUUUGGAUAUUUCAUUGCAGAGAGAAAACACAAGUUUUUUUUUUGUUUGUUUGUUGGUUUAGAAUAAGAAAUUGAUAAUCUUAUAGAUGAAGAUCAUAAAUCAGCCAAAAUUACUUUUUCUGCAAGUUGAUUUUUAAAUUAUAUUAAAGCUGUCAUUUAAUA